UUGAUUCUCGACGAAAUGUGACAGCAAGACCGUGCAAGUCAUCCAUUUGGACAAGAGUAUUAAAAUGGCUAAUACAGAUAAAUUUGAGAUGCGACAAAGAUUUCCGAAAAGUGACAAAGGUCUUAGAAAAUCUUUAAAAGAAGACAGGACUUCUCUAAAGGCCUCAAUGGCAGAAAGAUUUUGUUGGUACCCCAAAGCCUCUGUUGUCUUCAAUGUGCUCCUCUCAGCAAGAAUAUCUGCAGCAUUUCUUAGCAACAUUUCUGAUUGUGAUGAAACUUUCAAUUAUUGGGAGCCAACACACUACCUUAUGUAUGGAAAUGGAUUUCAGACUUGGGAAUAUUCUCCCGUAUAUGCAAUUCGAUCAUAUGCCUACCUUUUGCUGCAUGUUAUUCCAGCUGAAGUUAUGAGGAAUAUUUUUAAUGCAAACAAGCUUGUCGUUUUCUACUAUGUGCGUUUCAUUCUUGGAGUGUUCUCAGCAGCAUGUGAAACAUACUUUUACAAGGCAGUUGUGGUUCAGUUCGGAGAGCAUGUUGCAAGAGUGUUGUUUGUUAUCUUGAUAUUCAACACUGGAAUGUUUAUUUCAUCAACUGCAUUUCUUCCAAGCAGCUUUGCAAUGUGUGCCUGCACACUGGCUUUUGGGGGAUGGUUUAAUCAAAACUUCCCAUUAGCAAUCUUUGGCAUCGCCCUUGGUGCUUUGGUUGGCUGGCCGUUUUGUGCUGUUUUAGGAUUGCCAAUUGCAUAUGAUAUAAUCAUCAGACGCAGACGACUUUGGCUUUUCGUCGAAUGGUCAGUUGGUUGCUUUGCCGCCAUUAUGAUUCCAUUAGUUGCCGUAGACACGCAUUACUAUGGAAAGCAAGUCAUAGCACCACUGAAUAUCGUUUUAUAUAAUAUAUUUGGACAAGGUGGACCCGAUUUAUAUGGUGUUGAGCCCUGGACGUUCUAUUUCUUAAAUGGAUUUUUGAAUUUUAAUCUGGUUUUUGUACUGGCGUUAGUUUCUCUGCCUCUUUACAUUCUGGUGGAUUUAUUUCUCGGCUCUAAAACAAAAGGUUCCGGAUUUAGUAUCCCAGCCUGGCUAGCAUUAUCACCCAUGUAUAUUUGGUUCUUAGUCUUCUUUACAAGGCCUCACAAGGAAGAGCGGUUCUUGUUUCCAGUCUACCCAUUCAUCUGUCUCGCUGGAUCUGUUACUCUAUCACUCGUUCAGGAAAUGUACCACAGGAUAUUCACAAGCACCAACAAGAAGCACUUUUCAAUCUCUUCUAACUGGCUGGCUUGCACUUUCCUAAUUGUCUUUUCAUCACUAUCUGUUUCAAGGUCACGAGCUCUGUAUUUGGGAUAUCACGCUCCUCUCGAUGUGUAUGCUGACCUUUUUAAUGACGUUUUGCAAGAAGAUGAAGGCCAUUAUCCGCCAUUUAAAAUUGACGACCAAGUGAACGUAUGUGUAGGAAAAGAAUGGUAUCGGUUUCCAAGCAGUUUUUUUCUGCCAUCUGACACCUGGAACCUUCAGUUCAUCAAGUCAGAUUUUGCUGGGCAGCUGCCACAACAAUAUAGUAAGGAGCCAGGCGCAACGAAACUCAUCCCUUCUUACAUGAACGACAGAAAUCUUGAAGAACCAAGCAGAUACGUUAAUAUAAGCCAAUGUGACUUACUUGUUGAUCUGGCAGUAAACAGCACAUCGCCCAAGGAGCCGAAUUUCUCUCUGCAUAGUAAGCACUGGGAUAUCAUCUACAGCAAACGAUUUCUUGAUGCAAGCAGAUCGUCAUCAUUCUACAGAGCAUUCAACAUUCCUUUCUUGUCAGAAAAGUACACAGAAUUUGUAAGUUACAAUAUACUAAAAACGAAGAGAAAAAGAAAGAAAAUUAGAAAUCUAAACAGAGAUAACUUUCGUUGAUUUUAUUUCUGAAAAUCAAAUGAAGAGGUUUUUGUAAAGAUAUUAUUUACUUUACAAGUUUGUGUGUUAUUAGAAAAUUCUUA